AUUGUAAAUUAAUGUAUGAGUCAGAAGGGGGCGUUCCCUUGUGACUGCACCGGGAACAGGCACGUGCGCAAUCUGAAAACCGAUUCAGCGCGCGCGUUAGCUAACAUGCUGAAAGAAAUACAGAAGGUGUUGCGAUUGGUCAUGCUUUUGGGAAAACGGAACCAGCAGUGGGGUUUGAAGACUGCAGGAGGGCUUUUGGUACUUCUGUGGACGGAAACGGGAGCUUCUGGUCAAAGUAUGAACUGCACCGUUGCAGCUGCUGGUCCCUGGUGCACAGGAAUUGAAAUCGAAGUACUCCAAACUGUCCUCGCAGAUUUGAAGGAGAGCAUGUUGGCCUGCACGCGGCCGUGUCCUCAGCCUGAUCCUGAAGAACUGUGUGCCUUCACUGACAUGCAUGGUUCUCUCAGAUUGCUGCUGUCUUUUCAGAUGAAAGAUGAAAGGCGUUUCGGUCCAGAGUGCUGCAGUCGUAUAGAGGCGUUCCUGCAAUCAUUCAGUUUGGCUAACGCAACGAUAAAAAUCCACUUUAAAUUCAAAUUCAGUCAGCAGAGCUUCCAGCGAGACUUUAGAGUGAAGAUCAAGAGAAUAGUUGCCUGUGCAACCAGACCAUCACUGAUCCUGGAUGUCACAUGUAACACACAGCCUCCAGAGUGUGUGAAGAAAGGAUUUUGGUGUCACGGAGGACACCCUGUCCUUGGAGGCAGGUUGCCACUCAGUAUCCCGCCUGAAGCCAUGGACCAUGGCCUGUUUGGGGAGCUCAGUGUCCAGCCUGUUGCUCUCCUGAGCCCGUGUGUGCUUCAGUACCCCAAUCUGGCUACACAACUCACUGACAUACAAAUAUCCUUUGUUUUGGUAUGCGGCCCGAGUAAUGUUCCGGUCACAAGCCCCUCCACCGUCCUCCAGAACCUCCCUGCUCAUCUGGACUGUCAGGAACUGGGCCUUCAUGGCCUUCACUGCUCCUCCUUCAAAGUGCACAGGGGUGGCAUUCUGUACACAGUAGAGCAAGAGAACACUGAGGAUCCAGCGCAAGAAUCAAGUCUUCCCCUCAUGCAGCAGAGUCUCCUGCUUUACCUCUUCCUGCAACACAGUGACCCCUUCGCCUACCAGCUCUCUGAUAUGAUGGCUACCGAGGUGCUGAUAGAGCACCACCUGGAGGCUAUUCUGAACAACAACAGGCAGGCAGUCACAGCAGCCCUGCAGGCUGAGCUGAAGAACUCACUGAAAUCCCAAAAGAAAAGAAAAAAGGUCCAAGAGACGCUGCGUUCAGCUGCUGAGGUGAUUCUCAGUUCAGCCAUCAGCAUUGUGAGCGGCAGCAGUAACAUGGACUUCAGAAACGCUUGUCUGGACAGCAUGAAGGUGCGGGACAAUCACGAACUGUCAGCCUCCCUCUGUGAAUCACUAAGGAGGGUGACCUCGUGGAAAUUCACUCCCAGGGGCAGGUGCUACUCUGCUCAGAUGGAAGACCCUCCUGACGGGGAUGAGCCCACCAGAACAGAAAUCUGAGCAUGUCUACGUUCUGGCUGACAGCGGUGGAAGCAGUUUUCACUGAAAUUAAUAUUUGUGGCAACUUAAAGUGUGCUAGUAGUGAAUGUCUUAAUGUGCUGGUGAUUAAAAUAGCUAUUUACCAUCUAAUCAAAUAACAUAUGCUUUAUCAUAGCUUGUUUGUGGCACCAGAUGUUCUUUUUAAACACCAUUCUAAAACGAAAGUUUCACAUUGAACUGAAUUUCUGAUUUGAGAUAACCCUGAGAUGCUUUUAUAUAUGGUUAUGUACCCCUAAUUAAACAUAUGGUACAAUAACAUGAA